AUGGAGGAGGAGGAGGAGAGGCGAUAUAAAUCGGGCUAUGUGUGGCAAGAUCUCGCGGAUGAUGAACUCAUCACCCCUAUAUCCGAUAAUGAAUAUGUUCUGAAGGGUUCUGAGAUUUCUUCAAAAACUGAUGUCUCUUCAGAGAUUUUCUCAAGCGACGAAGGACAAAAUCAUACUCCCGCAUCAAAAACCUCCCCAAAACCUCAGCAUGUCGAAAUAGAUAGUAACAUCUCUUCCGACCCCAAUCAAGAGUCAUCAGAGGCCUUGCCACCGCCACCACCGCCAUCUCUCUCCAGUCCAGAUGUGUCUGAUGAUUCCGCUAUAAGUGCAUCAAUCAUGAACACCGACUUGUGGAAGAAACAUCCGGAGCAAGAGGAGAAGGAUCAUGAAGUAAAAGAAGAAUGCAUUCCUCGAAAAGAAGGUAGCGAAAACGAGUCCCUUAGGAAAAACAAGUCGCAUUCUAAGCGGACCUCGUGGCUACUUCGCAAUCUGUUUAGGUGCGAGGGAGCGAGGGAGCCGAGACAAAAGAUAAGGCUUUGA